AUGAAGCUCGUUCUCAUCCCGUUCGUACUCGGUAUUUCUGCCUUCGCCGCCAAUGUCAAUGCAGUCCCCAUGCAUUCGAAGCGGGCCACUUCAUUCCAUGCUUCUGCUUCCUGUGCCGCAGUGUAUGUUACUUUAGGGUCGCAAACCGAAACUUGUAAAACGGACAUGGCUGCCGAUGUGGGUGCUGUGGUGUCCAUCUCGCUCGAUUCGUUGCUCCUUGACUUUACUGGCCCCGACCCAUUGGCGGCGAAAGUUUCGUCCAAGGGUCUCAAAGUGCAGCUCGCUAAGAUUCCUGGUCCCUUCCCACUCAGUUUCCCUAUCACUGGCACCAGAGAAGUCGAUAACACGGUGGACAUGGCUACCUUUGGCACCCCUUGGUCCUCUGCAACCGUGGACAACAUGAAUGUCAUGACAACCACGGUUGAAGAAUGUGCGCUCAAGAUCAUUCCAGAGCAGCAGGCCGCAUUCUCAAAGUUCAUUACAUCGGUGAUCAUGAGCUCGACUACACAGGGGUUCAUUCUCAAAGGCACCGUCGAUGCCAACUUUACCCUGUCCCUGCCUUUUGGACAAAAGAUCACCACUCUUCCUGGGGUUGGUUUCUCGUCCAAGGCGUCGUUGGGAGGUCUCAAUGGGUUGUCCUCCGCCUCCUUUGUUAGGAGGACCACGGACAACAGCUGGGACGCCAACAAGAUGUUUUUGUUCAACUUUGAGGUCAAGAUCACAAUUCCUUCGCAGAUUAGCAUUGCGGUGGGUGACCUGAGCUUCAACACGGUUACGGGAACGGGGGCUAGCCGUGUUGAUCUCGGGGUUUCAACUACGAAGGAUGUUCGACUGGCACCUGGCGACAAUCUGUUGCAGGUGACUCUGACGGCGAAGGGGAGCGACGAGACGGUAUUCUUUAAUGCUUUGAAGAGCAAUGGUAACGUGGUGGUGUUGGAGGGAUUUUCUGAGUCAUCCAAGAACAAGGUCAUUGCCGAUGCCUUUGCUCCAGUCAAGAUCCAGCUCACUCUGUCUUUCUAG